AUGUUCAAACGCUUAUUUCCUAAAGACUUUGCUUUUCCGCAUCGAUGCUUCCACAACUCAUCUUUGAGAGCAUCUUGGCUCUCUCGCCCAAAAAUCUCCGUUCCUGCAAUUUAUAAAGCCCGUCAAGAGUCAUGGAUAAAACCGACUAUGAUCCUUGUCGGAUUUAUGCCAAUAUUCACCUUUUCUCUUGGUGUAUGGCAACUUCAGCGUCUGAAAUGGAAAAUCAACCUCAUAGACGAAUUAGAAGAAAAGCUGCAACUGCAACCUCUUAUUCUUCCUCCAAAUAUCAAUCUCUCCGUAAUACCAGAAUUUGUUUUUCGUCGGGUUAGUAUUAAAGGGAAAUGGGAUCAUGCUCAUACCAUGUUACUUUCACCUCGCGUACGCGAUGGCAUUCAUGGCUUUCACGUUGUAACCCCGCUCAUCCGAGAAAAUGGAUCUACUAUCAUAGUGGACAGAGGGUUCGUGUCAAAAGACUCCCUUUCCUCGGAAACUUUGAACGCAGAAACUGGAGAAGUGGAAAUUCUGGGCAUGCUCAGGACGUCUCAACCCCGUAAUCUAUUCACUCCGGACAAUGAUCCGGACCAAGGAAAAUGGUAUUGGACGGAUGUCGACAGGAUGGCCAACUACGCUGGUGGAGAAGCCGCAGGUGUUCAACCGGUCUUCGUUGAGCAAAUUUUUGAGGGACACGCUGGAGAGGCGCACACUAGAAUCGGAAAGGGUAUUCCUGUUGGACGAGCACCUACUGUGGAUCUACGGAAUUCGCAUCUUUCCUACGUAAUUACAUGGUUCUCCCUCUCUGGGCUGACUGCGUUCAUGUUCUUCCGUGUACUAGUAAAUAAGAGGAAGGCGCCUGGACGUCGAUUACCACGAUUUGGUUGA